UUUUUGAGAAUCCAAAGGGUCAGAAAAUAAUAACAUCGCCCAUGGCAGUCUCAGCAUUCAACCCUUUGAAAUUUGCAUCUUCGUCUUCUCUAGAUUCGAUUCCUUCAAUCUCCUCUUCUACUUCUUAUUCGCUAUUUCCGGCAAGCAUCGGCAUCAGAAACUCCGUCGGAUCUCCUUUCAUGAGAUGUCUAAAGCAGUCGUGUUCUUCAGUUCGAGCCAUGUCUGCUUCGUCUUCUUCUUCUUUCGGAUCGAGAAUGGAGGAGAGCGUGAGGAAAACGGUUACUGAGAACAUAGUCGUUGUUUACUCCAAAACUUGGUGCUCAUACUGUACUGAAGUGAAGACAUUAUUCAAGAGACUUGGUGUUCAGCCACUGGUGAUUGAAUUGGAUGAACUUGGUCCACAAGGGCCACAACUGCAGAAGGUACUGGAAAGACUCACUGGGCAACACACUGUUCCUAAUGUUUUCGUUGGAGGCAAGCACAUUGGUGGCUGCACAGAUACAGUGAAGCUGAACAGGAAAGGAGAUCUUGAACUGAUGUUAGCUGAAGCCAACGGCAACACCAAUCAAACUUAAGGCGAUGAUGGAAACUGGUAUGGAUGGAGAUUUUGCAUACGGAGCUUGGAAGAGUUUUUUUCUCUUUUGUAAACAUUUGAACCUCAUUUUCUUUUUGUCAAUGCAUUGAUGAACCUCAUUCAAAUAAUACGUUAUAACUAAAUAACAUAUACACUUUUAAUCA